AUGUUUUCAACGGAACCAGCAAAAAGAAUAAAAAUAGAAUAUGAACAUUCUUCAUCAUCUAAUGAUACAAGUUCGACUUCAUUAUCAAGUCAUCUUGAUUUUGUUAAAUGUAGAUGUACAUCUAAAUUAUGUUAUUUAGAAGAAAAACAUCAUGCUGAUUGUACAUUGGUAUAUAAAAAUGUAAAUAUCAACAUUAAAACAAAACAUUCAUGUUUACAAGAUUUUGUUGUUUGUCUUGGUGAAGUGAAAUCACCACAAGUUUCUUUAGCAGAUGAAUCAGUGAUUGGACAAACAUUACAACAUUUACAAAUGCUAUUAAAUUUACAGAAACGUGAAAAAAUCUAUGGUUUUUUAACCAACUUUAAACAUAUAACAUUUUUUUACAUUGAAGCGAAUGAAUUCGAUCAUAGUAUAAAGUAUUAUAAAAGCCAAGAUUUAGAAAUGUUUAAUUAUUUGCCUGCAACAUCAUCAUCUAUUAAUACGAUAACGACAACUGAACAAUCGAGACAAGUAUAUAUUAAUGAAGAUACAUGGAAAAUACUCACGAAGUUUUUAACAAUGAAUAUCGAUUUUUAUGAAUAUACACAAUUCAAUAUAAAUCCACUUGAUGAUUUACUUGGUGAUAAAUAUAACAUAAGAAGAAAAUUAGGAAUAGGUGCAACUGCAAUAGUUUUUCUGUUAGAAAAAAAUGAAGAUAAUUAUUCAAAUGAUGAUUUGCAACACUGUGUUAUAAAAAUUUUUAGAAAACAUUCAUAUUCAGAAGUGUUGUCAAACGAACUUAAAAUAACAGCACAAUUGAAACAAUUCAAUAAUUCAAGCAAAUUCAAUUUAUUUUUUGAAGAUACUCUAUAUUCACCACCUACAGGUAACAUUUGUGUAUUGAUUUGUUCUUAA